CCGCACAUGUUCCUUUUGAAGGACUGUUGUUUUGGUCGAGUGUCACGAAUUCGGCUGUUCAAAGCGCAAAACCUCCCCUAAAUCCCCUAGAAAACCGCAACGGACUCCCCUAUCCGACCACAAAAUGGUCAGUUGUAUUCAUCUAAAUCGCUUCAAAAAAGCCAACGGCUUGAAAACCUACAGAAAAAUCCACACGCACUUUAUUUCAUGUAGUUCUCGUGAGGCACUAAAACGCAAGGCAUCUUCGUGUUUUUGCCACGGUUGUGGUACCUAUUCCUGCCGCUUGCAUUCCUGUUUAUCCUGCGUUUAUUUCGGAUGUUACACCGGUAGUCGACAUAUUCAACAACAUGCGCGAACCACUGGCCAUUCCUUGGCUAUUGAUCUAAACCAUGGGACUGUGUACUGUUUUAUUUGCGGUGAUUACAAAUAUGAUAAAGAUUUUGAUAACAUCAACCGGGAUCAGUACAGGAGAGCGUGGAGAAAACUUGGUAAUGGCUGCGCUAAGUUCUUGCCAUGGGAACCUACCAAGUCAGAGGUGAAACUUUUCCUGGAAAACCCAAAGAAAGUUAAAAUAACCAAGAAUUCUACUAUAGGAUUACGAGGGCUCAUCAAUCUCGGCAACACCUGUUUCAUGAAUUGCAUAGUGCAGGCACUCACCCACACACCCCUGCUACGGGACUACUUCUUGUCAGAUCAGCAUAACUGCAAAGGAGAUGCAGGCACUUGUCUUGUCUGUGAGAUGGGGCUGCUGUUUCAGGAGUUUUAUUCUGGGCAGAAAGUUCCCCACUCUCCCUUCAAGUUGUUACACCUCGUAUGGACACAUGCCCGUCACCUUGCUGGCUAUGAACAGCAGGAUGCGCAUGAGUUCUUUAUCGCAGCCUUAGACGUCCUGCAUAACUAUUGUAAAGAGGAUGCUCCAGAUAAACUUGCUGUGAAGCCAAAUAACCACAACCAGUGUAACUGUAUUAUCGAUCGCAUAUUCACAGGCGGCUUACAAUCAGAUGUCAUAUGCCAGACCUGCAACUGUGUCUCCACAACAGUCGACCCGUUCUGGGACAUAUCUCUAGACCUUGGCCAUGGUGACCACAGUGGGCGUAACAGCUCUGGAGCCUCAGCUGCAUCCACACCAGACCCCUCAGCACCAUUAGAUGAAAACACAAAUGUUCCAACUCCAGAGUUUAACCACCAUGACGAGAGCUUUGUACCGAAAUCCCUCAUAGAAUGUCUACGCAGAUUCACCCGCCCAGAGAGUCUAGGAAGUGAGUCUAAAAUCAAGUGUAACAAAUGUCAGAGCUACCAGGAAUCAACGAAACAGCUAUCCAUGAGAAAGCUUCCUAUAGUCGUCUGCUUUCACCUCAAGCGUUUUGAACACUCUAAAAAGUCAAAGAAGAUAUCAACUUAUAUCCCUUUUCCACAAGAGCUUGAUAUGGCGCCAUUUCUAUCUUCCAAACUUGGAGAAAAUGGCGACUCGAAUGGCUACGGUCAGGACACAAUGUCGUCAUGCUUGUCCUACGACAGCAAGUACUCUCUGUUUGCCGUUGUAAACCACAGCGGCACCCUAGAAGUCGGGCACUAUACAGCAUUUAUACGACAACAAAACAAUUGGUUCAAGUGUGACGACGCAUGGAUCACCAAGGCAACCAUAGAUGAUGUCUUACAGAGUGAGGGGUAUCUACUUUUCUAUCACCGAGUUGUGCUCGACUACGACUAACUUGUACUUGCCUUCAAACCUCUUCUUUCCUACACUGUCCACUAUCGCCCUCUCCUUGUGCGACUGAUGUCUUCAAUGCCAUCACUUUUAUACUACUCGUACUGUUAUUUCUUCUUUUCUUUUACCAGGAGACGCCUAGCUAUGGAUACGUCAACCACUUCCCUCCUUCUUUGCUCUUCUACUUUUUCUGCUAUAUCUCCAUAUCUCGUCUUCUUUAUCGGAAGGUGCCUAGCUGUUAAAACGUCAACCAACGCCCGCCUUUAAACCUUUUUUGUCCUGCACCGCCCACUGGCGCCCUUUCAUAGUGAGACUGAGAGCCAAGCUCACUGACAUCACUUCUCUACUAAUCUUCCGUUUUUUUCUCCUCUUCUUCCAACCGAAGGUUCCCAGCUAUGGAUACUCUUUUACUAGUACUCGGGGAAGUGUGACAAUUACUUUCCGCCUUCAAAUCACAAAUUUCCACUGCCUAAUAUGGAAUAGUUUACUCCAAGCGCACACUGGACAGUGCAGCUGGUCUACUUAUUCGCAGAAAUAGAUAACGAAACGCUCAUACUAAAGAACAGAGUGUAGAUUAAACGAUUGGACAAAAGGUAGUUAUCAACACAAUAUGGUUAAAAUGUGCAUUUGUACAUAGAAAGAAUUAUAUGUUUGUUGUUUUUGGUGUUGAGAUGUAUAGAUAUGUCGUUGCUAUGUCAUAGUAGGAAAAAUAUCUGAAUUGGAUUAGUUUUAUUACCGCUGACCAUUAUAUUUUUCGUGGUCGCUUAUUCACAUCCUCCGUGAUUUCUGUUUAAUCGAAAAAGGAUUGGAUACUAAAUUGGUAUCUAAAAUGUCUCGUUUUAGAGGCUUGCUGAUCUAUACUCUCUUUACAAAAGACCGCGAUCGAGAAAAAUCAGUAGUUCGCACGGUUACGUUAUGGAGCUACAACGUAGCUACAGUGGAACGUGGAUGUUACGAUGUUCCUCAGGAAAAAAAAAAUUACAUCGUUAAGUCGGGGUAUUAACAUUUAGUGUACUGUCCUUAGUGGCAGUCAAAUGGAUGCGAGGGGAUUGUGCAUUGUAAGGUAAAGUUUUUUACACCCUACUUUUUUCAUCAGGGAACGGAAAACAGUUUAUAUCCUAUGAUUGAGGAGGUCGUUCUAAAGAGCAUGGGAUCUAGGUUCCACUGUAAUUUUGUCCAUUUCAAAUUGUGUUUUCUCCGUUUAUAGUGUACUGGUCGAAUUGUGCGUCUUUCUCCUUUUUCCGACUUUGUUAUUUAUUGAACAACGCUUACUAUUGUCAUUUUGCAAUCCACGCAGAAAUAAAAAUUAUCUACUUCGUCAA